AAGAAAGCGGCUGUAGCAGCGCCACGAGGUCCACAACUCUCUGAGACUGAAAUAAAAUAAAAGAAAGGAAAUAUGGAUUGGAACCGAUGAAUCAAAUUCAUAUACGGAAGGAAGAUGGAGGAUCAUUACAAGGUUCUGGGGUUGAACAGGAACGCCACCAAAGACGAAAUCAAAGAAGCAUUCAGAAAAUUGGCUAUCAAGCUUCACCCAGACAAGCACUCUCAAUCGCCUCAAGCCGUUCGGGAAAAUGCAACUCUUAGAUUCAAGCAGGUUUCCGAGGCCUACGAGGUCCUCAGCGAUGAGCGUAAGCGUGCCCAUUUCAAUUUCCGCUCUCCUUCUAGGUCUGGUGGUUAUGCUUAUGGUUAUGGUUAUGGCUAUAACAAUAACAAUUACAAUUACGAUCAUUCUCGUCGUGGUUGGAAUGCCAAAGUUUAUGAAUCAUCCACAUUCGAGUCUGCGCUUCGCUUUCUCACAACCCGUGCCUUUCUUCGCAAUCUUAGCUUUGCAGGCUCUUCCUCUCUCUUCAUGCUACCUCCCCACUGCCACUUCUCUCAAUCAGAACUCGUCAGUGCUUUGUUAGGUGGAAUGGUUAUAAUUGAUACGAGCAUGGAGGCCAUAUGGAAGAUGCACAACUCUGGGAAAUCAUUCGAAGAAGCCAUAAAUUCAAUUAAGAAAGUUGAAGCCGUGGAUUCAAUUAAGGAAUCUGAAAAUGCCAUUCAAAGAUCACUCGAAGAAGUCUUGAAGUCUAAAGCACAUAUUGAUAAGAUGCCUUCAUCUGAAAGUAAGAUGUCAGAGGGCUAUGGUUGAUGCCCCUCCUUUGCCUUGGACUAAUCAGACUAGAAAAUGCCCUCUCCUUUACUGUAAGUAGUCUGGAUAUAUAUAGAUAAGAUAAUGAUAUAUGCAAGGGUUUUAGCAUUGUUGGAGAAUGAA